UCGUCGGCCGCCGGCGUCCGGCUGCCACUAGUCGAGGAGCGGAAGCCGCUUUACUGAAGCGGGCUUGGGUGCUCCAGAGCCCGGCUGGCUGCUGAACCGCAGCUUCCGGCAGCCGCGGCAACGGCUAGGCGCGGGGCGCGGGCGCCCCGAGGACCCCGUAACCGGGCGGGCGCCCCGAACGGGCAACCCCGCCGAGGGAGGUGGCUGUGGCGGUCGCGCUCGGGCGCCCCGUGCGCCGCGCUCCAUGCCCGUGUGGUGUUGCCGCUGCUCCCUGGCCGGUCAUUUCAGGUUAUAUAUAUGGAAGCAACAGUGUUUGAGAUAGGGAUGUCAGGAGGAGACUGGCCAUGAUGUCUGCAUCUCCUGAAAAAGAACUGUGGCCUUUACAACCACCAUAAUAUUAAUGAGGCCUGGAUACCUGAAAGGACUAAUCAGAAGCAUCCAAAGGAAGCUGGGGAACCUGUCCUGGGCACACACUUUGGAGAAAUAUCACGGACAGGCCCAAAAACUAUAGUGACCCUGAAACUGAAGGAGAGAUUUUUAAUUCCUUAGUGCAAUAUUUUGGUGAUAAUUGGGGGCGAAAAGUUAAAGCUAUGCCAUUAGUUGAAGAAACUUCUUUACUUGAAGAUUCAUCAGUGACUUUGCCUGUGGUAGUAAUAGGAAAUGGACCCUCAGGAAUCUGCCUUUCUUAUAUGCUGUCAGGCUACAGACCAUAUUUAUCAUCAGAAGCAAUACAUCCAAACACAAUCUUACAUAGCAAAUUAGAAGAAGCGAGACAUCUUUCCAUUGUUGAUCAGGACUUAGAGUAUUUGUCUGAGGGCCUUGAGGGUCGAUCAUCCAAUCCUGUUGCAGUACUUUUCGACGCACUUCUUCAUCCAGAUGCUGACUUUGGGUAUGAUUAUCCAUCCAUUUUGCAUUGGAAAUUAGAACAGCAUCAUUAUAUCCCUCACUUAGUUCUUGGUAAAGGUCCACCUGGUGGAGCUUGGCAUAAUAUGGAAGGCUCGAUGUUGACAAUCAGCUUUGGAAAUUGGAUGGAGCUACCUGGACUUAAAUUUAAAGAUUGGGUAUCUAGCAAACGAAGGAACCUAAAAGGGGAUCGAGUUAUGCCAGAGGAAAUAGCUCGCUACUAUAAACAUUAUGUAAAAGUCAUGGGUCUUCAGAAGAAUUUCAGAGAGAAUACUUACAUUACCUCUGUAUCAAGACUCUAUAGAGAUCAAGUUGAUAAUGAUGGUCAAGACAGAGAUAUUUCAACACAGCAUUUACAGAUAGAGAAGUCAAAAUUUACCAAGAGAAACUGGGAAAUCAGGGGUUAUCAGCGAAUAGGAGAUGGUUCCCAUAUUCCUUUCUGUCUCUUUGCUGAAAAUGUAGCUCUGGCAACUGGAACAUUGGAUUCUCCUGGUCGUUUGGAAAUUGAUGGGGAAGAUUUUCCUUUUGUGUUUCAUUCAAUGCCUGAAUUUGGAGCCGCUAUAAGCAAAGGAAAGUUGUGUGGCAAAGUGGAUCCAGUGUUAAUUGUAGGUUCUGGGCUUACCGCAGCUGAUGCAGUACUGUGUGCUUACAACAAUAAUGUCCCUGUGAUUCAUGUAUUUCGCAGACGAGUAACUGAUCCAAGCUUAAUUUUCAAACAGCUUCCCAAAAAGCUUUAUCCAGAAUACCAUAAAGUCUAUCAUAUGAUGUGUACUCAGUCAUAUUCUUUAGACUCAAAUCUUUUAUCUGAUUAUACCAGUUUUCCUGAGCACCAUGUGCUUUCCUUUAAGUCGGACAUGAAAUGCAUUCUUCAAAAUAUCUCUGGAUUGAAGAAAAUAUUUAAGCUCUCUGCAGCAGUAGUGUUGAUAGGUUCUCAUCCCAAUCUGUCCUUUCUGAAGGAGCAAGGGUGUUACCUGGGCCACAACUCAAGCCAGCCAAUCACAUGUAAGGGUAAUCCUGUGGAAAUAGACGCAUAUACAUAUGAGUGUGUUAAAGAAGCCAACCUUUUUGCAUUGGGUCCUUUGGUUGGAGACAAUUUUGUUCGAUUUUUAAAGGGAGGGGCACUGGGUGUUACACGCUGUUUAGCUACAAGACAGAAGAAAAAAAAGCAGCAUUUAUUUGUUGAAAGAGGAGGAGGAGAUGGGAUAGCUUAGAGCAGGUUUACAAGUAAUUUAUAUGAACACUUUACCAUUAAAGAUUUUUAAUAGUGGUUUUACAGUGUACUGGCUUGAAUUUUCUGAACUUGAAUUAACUGGAAGAGCCUCAAGCUAUAGUAACUAUUUUUUAAAGUUACCAGAAUUUGGUGUCCUGAUUACAUUAUAAUGUAUCAAAGGUGUCAAUUGUCAGACAAAUAGAAACACUGCCAAUUUUGUGUACUUUAAGUUCUCACUUAACUAAAACAUUCUUUUCUUCCAAGACUUAUUUUUUGUGAUCAUUGUUGGUUAUUUAUGUUUGAUUACAAAAUAUAACAGCAUUGAAUCUAUAAAACCACAGUCAUUAGGCCAGAGGUUUCCUUCACUUUAUAUGUUGGGUCACCUUGCUGCUCAAAGGGUGGGUGGUUCAAAGAUAGCAUCAGCUUCAUUUGUGGCUUGUUAGAAAGGUAGACUCUCAGGACCCACAACAGACUUACUGAAUCAGAAAUUGCAUCUUAAUGAGAUCCUCAAGGAAUAUGUAUGCUUAUUAAAGCUUGAGACACACUGGUUUAAAAGAAAAUGGGAUGUAAAGGUAUAGAUGCUGAGGGUGGGUGGAAAAAGAGGGCAUAUACUACUCAGGUUUUAUUUAUUUUGAAAUCAUCAAUUGUAUAAAUCUAAUUUAUUAACAAAUAUGAUGGGCUUUUAAAAUUUUUUAUUGUUGAAACCUUGACAGGUAAUUCAUAGUUUCAGCUUCUAAUUUAAACAGUCCAAUAAUGUUGGCAUAUACUGAGACAUCCAGGGACCUGCUGAGAUAUUUUUUAGAGAUAUAUUCUCUAGUUAACUAGCAUAAUACUUAAACUAAUUUGCAGUUCAAUAAAUUUCGAAUGGAACUAUUUAUUCUUUUGUGAACACUGAGUUAAUUUGUCACUGAAACUUAAGAUAUUUGGGCAUAAGUACUUAUAAUAUUGCAAUACUUUUUGAGUAUUACCAGAAUUAUUAAACGUUAAAAUUGAAAAAGUUAAAACCUGUCUUUUCUAUUCUCAAGAUGAUUACUUUGAAAUUUGUUCAUUGGAGAUGACAUAGCAUUUAAUCCUUUGGUUAUUUAUUGAAUUAUAUGUUCUAUCUUGAUUUAUAUUUAGGUGUGCUUAAUGUCUU